CCGCCCCCCAACAUCAUGGCUUCCAGGUAUCCGAGGAGCUACGUGCUCUUCCAGCGAGUACUGCCGCUUGCCUUCCAGAGCCGAGAUCGCUUCGUCAGACAGCGGCCAGCCACCACCAUGAACGCACCGCCGUCCGCAGUUUUCUUCUUCCUCGUUCUCUCGAUCCUGGGUGGGGCACAAUGCGAGUUCGUCUGCCCGGCGAAGAACGGUCAGUUCGCGUCGCCCGAGAGCUGUCGAGUCUUUUACCAGUGUGUGGAUAACAUCCCUUACAUCACAAGAUGCGCCGAAGGAUCCCUCUACGAUGGUCUCAAACACGAGUGUGUGGACAAAUUUCUGAAAGACAUCAAGUGCGGUCCUCAAACGACGACCGAGGCACCUUCCACUACUCCUGACCCCUUCAAGGCGCCUGGUUGUGACGAUGCUAACUGCCGUCUGCCCUACUGCCACUGCUCCUUAGACGGAACAGAUAUUCCUGAAGGUCUUAGACCCGAGGAGAUUCCUCAGAUUAUUAUGAUAACAUUCGACGGUGGUGUCAACGACCUCAACUUCGAAACCUACAACAAGAUCUUCUUGGAGAACAGGACCAACCCCAACGGAUGUCCCAUCCGAGGAACGUUCUUUGUCUCUCACGACUACACCAAUUACCAGCAGGUGCAGGAUUAUUACAGCCAAGGGCACGAAAUCGCAGCGGGCUCAGUCAGCCGUCGCAAGGGACUCGAAGAUGAAAACGAAGACACUUGGAUUGGAGAAAUGGUGACCAUGAGGGAGAUCCUACGCAACUACGCCAGCGUGAGACCAGAGGAUGUCAUCGGUCAGAGGGGCCCCCAUCUCAAGCCAGGCAGGAAUGCCCAGUAUGAGGUCUUGGCUUCCUAUGGAUUCUCCUGGGAUUCUACCAUCAAUGUUCCACCAGUCCCCGUCCCAGUAUGGCCAUACUCACUAGAAUACGAAAUCCCUCACGAAUGCCGCUCCGGAACCUGCCCAUCUAGGGCCUUCCCUGGUGUUUGGGAACUUCCAAUGAACUCCCAUUACAAGGACACAAAUUAUGAAGGUGGAUUCUGCCCUUACCUCGAUCAGUGCGCCUUGAGUUACUUGAGUGAACCCGAAGUAGUUCAGUGGCUACUGAAGGACUUCGACCGCCAUUACACUACUAACAAGGCCCCCUACAUGCUCUCCCUCACAACCAACUGGUUCCAGACCCCAUCUUUGACCAACGGCCUCCUAGCAUUCAUCGACGAAACACUACAAUACCCAGAUGUCUACUACACCACUAUGACUGAAGCUCUCCAAUGGGUCACAACCCCACAGACUUUGGGAAGUCUGGAUCGAUUCCAACCCUGGAACUGCAAACAGAAGGUCCUUCCAGAGCCGCCCUGCGCAGCUCCUCAAAGCUGCCAAUUGGUGCUGAACCCCGUUAACGACAACAGCACCUCUCCCCCAACCGGCUCAAGAUACAUGGUGACCUGCAACCAGUGCCCAACUGUCUACCCUUGGGUAUGGGAUGCCGCUGGCAUUGGCAGAGGGAAGGAUGAGUACGUCCCUGAGUACCCAACUGACAGAGCAGAUGCUUCAAACGCGGCGGCUGCAGAAGAACUCGUAUAAAGAGUGAAGACAAUUUUGUGUUCCUUAAACACGGAUGUUUUUGCUUUCAUAGAUGAAGUCGUGGCAAUUAUAACACCAUGAUGUUGGAACAUCAUUUCCACUAAGGAGAAAUUAAUUGAUUACAAAAUUAAGGUUACUGGAAUGUUAACAACUUCUAAAAUGAAGAACAGAGUUAUACAGAGCGUCCCUUGUCUCUCCUUUCAUUUCUUUAUCUUUAAGAUAUGUUAAGUAUUCCACAGCUCACUUUUAUAUCUCAUCAUUUGCUUUUGGUAAGAAUUACCACUAAUACAUUCUGGCAAACUAAGUUAUAGUCUACCAUAACUUUUGAUUUGUCCCAAAAUUCUUGAUAAAACGACUUUUCCCAUGCGAAGACACCUUUUUUUCUUCUUUUGUUGCUAGGUUUUAAAUCUAAUACUUAAAACUGUUAGCUUUCUGAAUAACUAUAAAUAAUAGAAAGCCAAGCCUUACAAAUCCUGUAUUCUAAAAACUGGAAAUAGAAUGUUUGAAAAACGCAAAUUAAGCAGUCAAGUAAUUAAAACUCUAUGUAGAAAAAUUGUUUAGUGGGCAUAACGAUAGAAAAAUAGGUAAAAUAGUUCUCCAACUAUUUCCAAAUUCUCAUUUUCACAGACAUAAAUGUAAUACAAUGAUUCUUCAACUCAUCUGUGAUCAUAUUCCAUUACAAAAAUCUGGCGAGUUAAUUAUCUCAUCUUUCAGAACACUCGUGAAUUAUUUCCUGAUCAUGAAAACACGAUCCCAUUUCUUGUACAUUUUAAAGGAACAUGAAACAUUCAUUUUUUUUUUCUCUCAUCUGUACUCAUCUGUUUGACAAUAAAAUGACAAAGGAG